GACAGUUUGACAACCCUACAUGCGGGAGGGGAGGUAUUAUUAGUUUCUAAUGUGAAUUUUCGGAUAAAUAUUUUAAAUUUUCAAUGAUUUCUCCAAAAAAAUCAUAGUUUUUAUGUUUUAAACAUCAGAAGAGCUUUACCAGCUGGUUUCCAGAUAUUCUUACAGUUACAAUUCAGCAAAAUGGACAUCAUAAGGAUGAAAAACAUUUGUCCCGCCGGAAAACAAGCGUUAAUUUGUUUUUUUCUCUCUAUAUUUGUGUUUACGAUAUCGUUCUUCUCUGGGAGUAUUCUGGGCUUCUCGUCGGAGCUAUGGGCACUAACAUAUUGGGGACCAGCAUUGUAUUUCUGCCUGUUUAACUUCAUAUUAAGAUACUGCUAUAAAGGCUUCAUGUACGAGGUCUCACUCAGAUCAGCGUUUCUCGGAGCAGCAUUUUCUCUGGGCAUCUUCCUGUCUACCUUCGAGAAUGGCUGGAAAGUGUUUGGGCUGUACACCAUGAUACUGUCGUUCUUCCAUUUCUCAGAGUUUGUGUCAGUAGCUCUUACAAACCCGCGGACUCUGUCGGUGAACUCGUUCAUAUUGAACCAUAGUAUCCAGUAUGGUGUGGCUGCGGUGGCCAGUUGGAUAGAGUGGGGAGUGGAGUAUUACUUCUUUCCUAAUAUGAAGACCUACUUCUGGGUGUCAGCCGUGGGUGUAGCAAUGUGUGUCACGGGGGAGCUACUCAGGAAAUCUGCUAUGUUCACAGCCAAAACUAACUUUAAUCACACUGUUCAGUUCGUGAAAAGGCCUGAUCAUCAGCUGGUGACGCAUGGCGUGUACUCCAUCUGCAGGCAUCCCAGUUACGUGGGCUGGUUCUACUGGUCUAUUGGGACACAGAUAACACUACUAAACCCUCUCUGCAUAAUAAUCUACGGGCUAGCUUCAUGGAUGUUCUUCCGGGAGCGAGUGUACGCCGAAGAGCUGACCUUGCUGACAUUCUUUGGACCUCAAUACGUGGAGUACCAGAAGAAAGUGGGAACUGGACUGCCAUACAUCUUGGGCUACAUCCCGGAGAACACUGCUCAGAAUCUUAAAGAUGAACAUUGGAGUUAUUGAGGUACAUUGCAGAUUUAGUUUCAAUACAAAGUGGGUACAGCAGGCUCAAGUCACAGUUAUCUAGUCUAAUACAAUAGAAUAGAUAAAUAAAUUUUACGUUAAAUAUAUUUUAACUAUAUUCAGCUGGUUUUCUAGUUGAAUUCAUGACAUCAAACAUUAUUAUUUACCAUUCUUGUAAAUAUGAACUUUAUGCAGUUUUAAAAAGGAUUUUUAUGUUGUUAAUCGAAAUCACCUUUUUUAAUAGCAACUGAAAUGUAGUUAAUUAUAAAAUAACAAUUUUAAACAAAAGAGUGGUUGCUUGUAGCGCCAUCUACAACUAGGUAUGCAUAAGUUUUAAACGCUAAAAAUGGCAUAACAAUUAAAAUUAACAAAAAGCUUUAUAACUAAAGUACUUAUUUCUUUGUAAAUAAAUAUGUACAUUUUAAGCCCAUUUCUUCAUAAUAAAGCCACAUAUUUUCUGUCUUUCCUUCAAGACGAUGGUUUUAUUAUGAUAUAAGGGGACAAAUCUUUACAAAAUUUCUAAGACUUCUUUGAUAACUAACUUUACCAAAAACUAAGUAUUUACUAGAUUUUCGCUACUAUCUUAUGAGUAAAUGACUUUGUAAAUAGACUUGAAAACUUCGUAUUUUCUAAUAUUUAAAGGCGUUCAGAAUAACUUCCUGCAUCUGUUUCGCUUCUAACGGGAGACCAAUUUGUACAAGAGUCAAAGAGUCACAUUUUGCCCGCAUGCGGUUAGACGCCUGUACAUUAAGGUGUAAUAAAAUUGCUAUUAACAGUCUUAAAACGCAAGCGCAAGAGUUAACCUCUGAGCUUGUGUGACUUUUUCUAGAACUAGAUUCACACGCAUCCCGGGAGAACUACCUACUCCCAUAUCGGUAGUUUAAAAAAUGUGUACGUUUUCCGGGUGCCUCCUGUCUCUCUGCAAAAUGUCAUUUCAAUAAGUUCAGCGCAAUAGGUAGAUAAAUGUUUGCUAAUUUACAUAAUAAUAAGCUGGAUUUAUGGAAUUUGCGGGCUGCUAACCGCGAGCAAAAAUAUAACUUCUUGACUCCCAUAAUAUUAUCAUAGAGCAAUGAUUGUGAUCGUUAUAAAUGUUUGUAUGUAAAGGUUGUGAAUGUACGAACAAAUGUUGAAUCAAAUAAAUAUUUUUAAUGAUUACGUA